AUCUCCACCAUAGCAUACAUUUCAUACUGUAUGUGCUAGAGAUAUGACCAAUCAAGUGAGUGAGUGAAUGGAUCCCUACUUCAUCACUGUGUGAGUACUUGAUAUCGUAUAUUGAUUUACGAGUAUACCCUUAUGACUUUGACUAUGCUACGAAGCGUAGAGUUGAUGUUUGCUACUUUAGUGUGCUUCCUAUGGUCACGAGUGAUUCGAUCUACUGGGGCAUGUCUAGGAAAGCAGUCGACUCGAAACUAAGUAGUAGUAGGGUGAAAGGAAGGUAAAGUAUUGUCAUAUCACUCAUAUGUGUUCACCGGCCGGCCAGUUAUAAUUUGUUGUGUACUUAUCAUAACUGGGAAUACAUAUGGAGUAGUGGGAGUUAAGUAUCGUCUUUAUUUAUUUUAUUGAGGGGUCAAGAGAUAUUGGACUCGAUGUGACAAAGUGAACCUAGGGUAUAGAAUACAUCGUGUAUUUAUUUAUUUAUUUAUUUUUCCCUGAGGUUGAAUCUCCAUUCUGGCCCUGUGUGGGUUUCUAGUUUGGAGCUCCCGCAUGCAGGUGUAUUCGGUGGUCACACGACCCAUUUGCUAGUAUGAACUCAGAACUGGUAAAAGUCAUUACCUUUCACGGGUGAGUGGGAGAUGACGGUUGAAACACCCGGUGAAAGGGUGUAUGUGAGAAAAGACAUAACCGUAGGAUAUAAUCAUUGUACCGGUUGUGUCUCUUGCAUAAACACCGCUUGAAUCCUAUAAAAGUAUAGGUUCUAUAUGACAAAUGGAGAUGCAGAAAACAUCAUAAAAGAAAACGUGAAUCAGUUUUGGUGAGUAGCAUUUGGGUUGUGAAUCUGCGAUUCCGACUCUGGUAGCCGGUUUCCGACCAUUGUCCAGAGUAUUUGAAGACUGUGAUUUCAACCAAAGAAAAGAUCGACUGAAUCGGAAGAUUUAUUUGGCCGGAAAGAUCAUCAGCGACUUAUGCCUCGGUCACCGGAAAUCUAGACAAAAGAAUAGAGCUUGACGAGAAGAUGGAGAUAGGAAGUGAUAGUUACAAGGCAAUGUUGUCUAUUAUGGCUUCCAAGUUAUCUUAUGAGAACCAAGACUUCGUCAAGUCUGUCCUUCACGACCAUUGGAAGAUGGACUUCUUGGGUUUCUACAGCUGUUGGAAUGGUUAUCAGAAAUUAAAGUCGACAGAAGCCAUAGUGCUGCAAGACACGAACACAGAUCCAAACCUCAUUGUCGUGAGUUUCAGAGGCACUGAUCCUUUCGACGCCGAUGAUUGGUGCACCGACUUUGAUCUCUCCUGGUACGAACUGAAGAACGUGGGAAGGAUCCAUGGUGGGUUCAUGAAAGCAUUAGGCCUGCAGAAAGAUGGAUGGCCUAAGGAAAUAAACCUAGACCAAACCCAAAACGGACCUCAAUAUUGCUACUACACCAUCAGACAACAUCUUAGAAACAUUCUCGACAAAAACCCGACCUCGAGAUUCAUCCUGUCUGGCCACAGCCUCGGCGGGGCACUGGCGAUUCUGUUCACGGGCUUGUUAGCGAUGCACGAAGAGGAGAAAAUGCUGAAGAGUCUCGAAGGCGUUUACACUUUCGGACAGCCGCGGGUUGGGGACGACCAGUUCGGGACGUUUAUGAAGAAUGUGUUAAAGAAGUACGAUGUCAAGUACGAGAGAUACGUAUAUUGCAAUGACAUGGUUCCUAGGUUACCUUUCGACGAUAAGACACUCCUGUUCAAGCACUUCGGCCCUUGCCUUUACUUCGACAGUUUCUAUAGAGGAAAGGUCGAUGAAGAAGAACCGAACAAGAAUUACUUCAACCUGUUUUGGGCGAUACCGAAAGUGUUAAAUGCGUUAUGGGAGCUUACAAGGAGCUUCAUCUUACCGCACUGGAAGGGUCCCGAGUACAGAGAAGGAUGGUUCUUCAGAUGCUUCAGAGUUAUCGGGUUAGUGAUUCCGGGUUUGCCAGCUCACUUCCCCAACGAUUACAUAAACGUUACUCGCUUGGGAGGCUCGCCUCUUCAAUUCCAUGAAUCUCCUCGUUCAACCUUACACGAGGACUAAGUCCCUCUGCUCGGCUCGGACUUG